GGAGAAACAAACUCUGUCGAUACAAUUUUUCGGAUCGUUUCGGGAUUCAGUCUCAAAUUCUGAACACAUUUUCACUUACGAUGGAGCGCACGUUUGAGAAAUCUCUCUGCCUUGGAACAGGAAUUCCAUUUGCGGCGCUGAUAUUUAUUAUUUCAAUUCCCAAUGCAAUGAUCUUAGUAACUCUAUACAGAAAUCCUCUUCGCUGCUUCAGAAAAACCUUCACGGUGUUUCUAGCGUUCAUAACCGCGACAGAUCUCUUUGUGGGGAGUGUGGUUUGCACUGGAGAAGCCAUAACGCGAUUUUUGUGUUCUUUCCGUGGAAAACAGUUUCCUGGCGAAGGUGACAUUCCCACAAUUUUAGGAUACAUUGGAAUCAACAGUUCAAUCCUUAUGGUCACUGCUAUGUCCGUGGAUCGACUUGUGUCGGUCGUUUGCCCACACUUUUAUCUAAACACGGUUAAACCAAAGACACUUGUCUUAUGCAACUCAAUCAUCGUUAUUUUUUCUGCGAUAUUUGCCUGCCUCCAACUUGCUGGGAUUCCAAUUGAUGUGUAUAUUUCCAUAGAUAUACAUCUGCACACGACAUUUCCUCUUAUCACGACAAGUUUGUCUUAUUUAGGAAUAUUCUUUGUUUUGCGGAAACGCGCUCGAGUCGAUUUUCAAAGACGGGAGGCCAAUUCGACAAAUACUCAUCUUGGUGACAUGCGAGCGAUAACGCGCGUUAAAAGAGAACGGAAAUUUGUCACGACUUCCUUCUUAAUUCUGCUUUUCCUAAUCAUCUCCCUAAUUCCAUACUUUGCAUCAAUUCUUGUUGAGGCGAACUGUUCUGGUUGUCGCGGCAAGAAAUGGCUUAUUGUGCUGAGAGAAUCUUCAAUGGUAUUCUUAUUUCUAAAUUCAACUGUGAACCCGUUAUUGACAACAUUUCGGAUCAACGAGUUGAAACAUUCCUUAAGAAUUGUCAUCCGCGUGCAAAGAAAAGAAGAUGUAAGCAGUUUUGGAAGUUCUGUCCAACAGAAAACAAUGAGGAAUACAGCCUCCGUUUAACUGGCUUAACUCUACUCUGCUCUGAAGAGCCUAUGAACAAGCCAAACAAAGGAUUCCUCUCGAGUUGCAGAAAUAGAACCUUAGUCAACCUUGUGGAUUCCAACUACAGCAAGUUUCGUUUCUAUGGUCGAAUAAACCACCAACAGUGCUAUGAACAGGGAACUCCUAAGCGCGCUAUACCACACACCAAAGCUAAUAGAGUCCUUUGUUCACCUGCAGCGACCUUAAACAAACCAUGACGGCGACAGCAGUGAAACAUGGCAAAACAAAAGCUUUCAAGGGGCAAAACAAUAGCUAUGCGCGUGCAUUUUUUACAUUCUCUGACCGUCCUUUGCAAAACAGCAAGGUGAAGUCACCAACGUUUUCGUGGAAACCCCGAAGGCUAAAUAUUCACGUAUCUUUUUCGGAAUUCAACGCUGCUUAGAAAUGCUUUGUUUAGGCUGCAUCAGGAUCGUCGAAAACUGGCACUAUUGUAGAGACGGUAAACCAAUCGAUCCAUUUGGGAAAUUCAUAAUAAAAUUAUGAAUUCAUUUUUUCCUUUAGAAAAUCAAGUUAACUUUUCUGCGUUGUCGUCCUGUCUGUUUAAGGCCCUUUACGCCAAUUCUCCACCGACUGUUCUAUGCACAAUUCUAUUCGGCGUGCUAGGCGAGGCGUUAUUAGGCUUUUAACGUCUAUGACAGGAGCAUGUGACCUGUUCGCAGGUCCGAUUUUUCGACUGGAUAUCAUUACCCUGUUAGCUCGAUCGUGCAUAACUAAUUUGGAAACAAGGCCACAUGCUACGUUUGUAUGGAAUUCAGUAAAGUUAAGGUUUUCCUGAAUUAACUAGGGAGUACAAACCUGAAAUUCUGCUUGAAAUGAAACACUGGAAAACUACGCAGCGAGCAGUUAGAAAGACUGACGAAAAUUUUUGUUAUUUGUGUCCCGGGAGAUCUAUAUCAUCGGAGAAUAUCCUCAAUAUGCUUUCACUCAUGGCAUAGGUGCAUAUGGAUGAAGUUAUACACUGCCAUACUUAUUCUGACCAAGGUAAUUUCAAUACUAAAGAAGCAAAAAUUCUUUAAAAUGAUAACAACGCAGCUUCUUCGGACCAUAAAGUUAAGUAGAGUGUCGGAGAGGUAUUUUAUACUAUAGGGAAAAACUCGUAAUUUACGUAAAAUGUAAAUAAAGAAUUGAUUGCGUAUGGUUUUACUCGGAAAUCAUUGGCCUGUAAGUCUCUUUGAAGAGCGUGAUUUGGCUGUUGCAGACGGGUUUUUGUUGUGUGCUUCUCAGAAUUAAUAAACGUCUCAAAAUCUUAAUACGUUAUCUUGUAGACGCGUUAUUGAAUAGACAAAUCUGUUCAAGUAACAAGAAAAUGGAUGGUAGUUAGAUGCACGGAUUGCAAAUCAUAUUUGUAAAUUUAAGAUUAAUGGUCAAGGAAAAUACAACAGACUUAACGUUGGUAUAGCCUUUGUGAGGCAAAGUAUCAGGAAAUUUUCAGCAAAUUUUUUUUUCUUAAUUUAUUACCAGACUAGAGGCUAGAAAGGAAAGCUUAAUAAUUCGUCUCCAUUUUCAUUCGUUUGGAAUAUGGCGAUAUUUGAAUUUUUUCUUGUAGAUAUAGCACCAUUUUCUGUUAAGUUCCAUUACGUCUUUAUUUUUAACUCGCCUGUAAGAAUGCAUUUGCAAAUAAAAAUAG